GAGGGGGAGUUGGGCAGGUGAGGGCGGGAGGCGCGUGCGCAUCCAUGACGGGGACAGCAGCGUCUUCGCCUCUCGGACUGCUUUGUGUUUGUGGCUCCCGGUGGCGGACACAACGCCCGAUUGUGACCGCAGGUGAGGAUGCAGGAGCCGGCGUGGACCUCCUGCUUCUCCCGCUGCCUCCUUCUCCUCCUCAUCGCCGCUCCCGCAUCCUUCUUCACGCCGACCGGAGGAGAACUGCGGCCAUGCCAGAAGAAAGAUUUCUACUUCCAAUACACUGAGUGUGACAGCACAGGAUCCCGCUGGAGGGUCGCCAUCCCACUUGAUCCAGGCUCCUGCUCAGACCUCCCACCUCCAACCAGAGGAACCGACUGCUCUUUCUCCUGCCAAGCCGGGAUGUUUUUGGAAAUGUCCACGCAGCAGUGCACGCCUUGUGCAGCCGGCUCGUACUCUCUCGGCAGCGGCCUGCGAUUCGACCAAUGGGACGCCAUCCCUGUAGGCUUCACCAACCUGGCCAGCUUCCUGGACUUGGGACCAAACGGGGAAGACGUUCAGUCGUGUAACAGCUCAUCGUGGACGCCGCAGGGCAUGUACCUGGAGUCGAACCGCGAUGAAUGCACCGUGUCUUUAGUUUACGUGGUCCAUCUGGAAAAGCAGGGGUCAGUGUCUUUCACAUACCAGUACCCAGACAACAACAUCCUCUUCGAGUUUUACGUCCAGAACGAACAGUGUCAGGAAAUGGCUCAAGCUGACGAUCAGAAGUGGAUCAGAGUCACCAGUAAUGGAGACUGGGAGACGCACACAGUGAGCCUGAAGUCCGGCACAAACAUCCUGUACUGGAGAACAACCGGGAUACUGGUGGGAGGGAAGAUGGUCAAACCCGUGCUGCUCAGGAACAUCCAAAUCGAGGGAGUCGCCUACACUUCUGAGUGCUUUCCUUGCCGACCCGGUUGGUUCAGCUCCAUGCCAGGUUCCUCGUCCUGCCAGCCGUGCCCCAGCAACACUUACUCCGUGAAGGGGUCUUCCUCUUGCACUCCGUGCCCUGAACACCUCUACUCACUUGAGGGCUGGGCUGAAUGCAAAGUGAGGCCUCCGUGCUCAGAGAGUGAUUACUUCCAGAUCCACACGGCCUGUGACGGCGAGGGGAAGACACAGGUUUUGUACCGAUGGGUGGAGCCAAAGAUCUGUGUGGAAAACAUCACAGGAGCUGCAGAGCUGCCCGCUACAGGCCAGAGGGAGCCCUGUCCUCCAUGCAACCCUGGCUACUACAACAGCAACGACUCCACCUGCUCACCUUGUCCUCCUGGAACCCACUCAGAUGGCACCUACGCGUGUGCAAAGUGCCCCGCGGGAACCGAACCGGUGCUCGGAUACGAGUACAAGUGGUGGAACGUGCUGCCCGCUAACAUGAAGACGUCCUGCUUAAAUGUUGGAAACUCCAAAUGUGACGACAUGAACGGGUGGGAGGUGGCAGGAGACCACAUUCGGAGUGGAGCCGGCAGCUCAGACAACAACUAUCUCAUCCUCAGCUUGCAUGUUCCUGGUUUCAAAGUUCCUGCCUCUCUGUCGGGGAUGACCGGUGGUGAAUUUGGCCGAAUCAGCUUUGUGUUUGAAACGCUCUGCUCUGCUGACUGUGAGCUCUACUUCAUGAUGGAUGUGAACACAAAGAGCACCACGGUGGUGGAGUCCUGGGAGGGCAGUAAGGAGAAGCAGUUGUUCUCCCACAGCAUGACCCGUAACGCUUCCGUCACGUACACGUGGGCUUUUCAGAGAACCAACCACGCCCUCGAUGUACGCCGUUAUGUCGGCGACGUGGCCAAAAUCUACUCGGUAAGUGUGACCAACGUUGUGGACGGGGUGGCGUCAGCCUGUCGGGCCUGUGCUCUGGUGCCUCAGAACUCCCAACGGGCCGGCUCCUCCUGUGUUCCCUGCCCAGCGGGCUUUUACAUAGACAGAAACACCAACAGAUGUCAGGAAUGUCCCCCAAACACCCACUUGGCCGGCCGACACACCUACGGGGAGGACGCGUGCAUCGCCUGCGGACCUGGAAGCGUCAGCAACAAGGAACACUCGCGCUGUUUCAGCGACUGCUCCUUCACCCUCACAGAGAACAACCGCACGCUGACCUUUGACCUCAGCCCCAUGAGCGACGUCGUGUCACUGACGGUCGGCCCGAGUUUCACCUCCAAAGGCACCAAGUACCUCCACCUGUUCAACGUGAGCCUUUGCGGACACGAGGGAAGAAGAGCUGCCGUUUGCACCGACAACGUCACCGACGUCUCCACCAAAGAGGACCGCGGCGAUAUGGCUCAGUUCGUCAACUCAGUGGAUAGCUUCAUCUGCCAGUCAACCAUCAUCCCGACCGAUGGGCGGGGCUUCAGGAUGGUCAUUUCCUCCCAGUCCGUCAGCCUGGCAGACACCUUCAUGGGGGCCACGGUGGAGGCGGUCCUUGGUGGCGUGAGCGCUGAACCUGGUCUCUUUCCAGACAACUCCAGGAAUGUUCCAGACAUCAAUUUCUUCUACAGGUCCACACAGGUCACGGCGUCGUGCGAUCAGGGGCGGAGCUCGGUGAUCAUCGUCCGCUGUAACCCGGAAAAGUCGGAGCGAGGAGAAAUCUCUGUGCCCAGCUCUUGUCCCGCAGGAACCUGUGACGGAUGCACCUUCCACUUCCUGUGGGAGAGCGCCAGCGCCUGUCCUCGCUGCACCCGGGACGACUACCACCGCAUAGAGGGGGCCUGCAAGGGGGGCAUACAGGAAACUCUGUUCAUGUGGAACGAACCAAAACUGUGCAUCAAGGGCGUGUCGCUGCCUCCUCCUAGCUCCUCCCCCUGUGAGGUCAUCGCUCUGUGGCUGAAAAUGGGACUUGGAGGCGGGGCCUUUGUGGCAGUGCUGCUGGUGUCCCUCACCUUCUAUUUCUGGAAGAAAAACAAGAGGUUGGAGUACAAGUACUCUCGUCUGGUGAUGUCCGCCAACAAGGAGUGCGAGCUACCUGCUGCCGACAGCUGCGGCCUGACGGAAGGGGAGGAGCCGGACGACGACGUGGUCUACGCCCAGAAACCCUCCCUGCUGGGGAAACUGCGGGCCAUCGCCAACAAGCAUGAGGACAGAGAGAGCAGCGAGUCGGUGCAGCUGAACUCUCAGUCCGAUCGCUGGGCCCUGGGAUGAACAGCUCCGCCUCCACGCCGCUCCUUCCAUCCCUUUUCUAUCUGGAAGACGAGUGCGAAUCCCGGCUGGAGGACAGUCUGGACCCUCAGAAAAUCAGGACGUUUGUGUAUUUUCUGGAUUCCCAACAAAACAAGGAAUGCUUUUAAUGUUUUGUAAUUUUCUUUUGUAUAUUUUGUUCAGAGUUCUGUAUUUAUAUUGAUGUAAGGAUGACAAUUCUUUAUUAAAGUCCUGUUUGAAUUUGG